AUGCUUUGGGAAGACACGGGCGAGCUCGUCGGAAAGCGACCUGAACAACUUCGCUCCGCGAUCGCAGCGAAAUUCGCAGAGCAGGAGACUGCAGGCCGAGAGAAGAAGUACGGGGCCGUGGGCUCCCUCGACUACGAACUUUCUGGCUUCGUGUGGGACUGUGCGGAGAACAUCACGAAGCGGGAGCGCAUCUUUGGUCUUCGUGAUCUCGUCGAGACACUAGCACCUGUGGACAAGCGAGAUUGCUUCACAGUCCUGGAUUUGGGCUGCGGAGACGGCCAAUCGCUCUUUGCUCUGCACGCGCACUUCGGCCUCAGCUGGGAGAACAUCGUGGGAGUGACGGCUGAGGAUUCACGUGGUGUUGAGGUGCUGGCCGGCACUGAGCCUUUUGAUCUGCGAAAUGCUGCGGGUGCAGACUCUGAAGCUUCCUAUGUCGUCUGGAACAUCGAUGACCUCGUGAGCUGUCCAUGUCUUCGAGGCCGGACAUUCGACCUCAUCGUUUCUUGGGUAACAUGGAUCUGGUUGGCGGAUCCGGUCGGCACUUUGGAGAUGAUCUACGAGAACUUCCUGCGCUCGGGUGGCGUGAUGAUGCUGGGUGGCGUGCAGCUACUGACACCGGGCCCCGACCCCAUGGAAGAUCAGAGGUGGCUCUUCGCCCUGUCAGACUUCCUGAUCAAGGAGGGCCACCAAAUCAAGUGUUUUGCAGAUGCAAGCUCUGGCGCCUACACUUGGUGGAUUCAGAGGAAAAGGUCAUGUCGCCUGGCAUUGAGCCGGCUUGUGAGCUACUGCGAAGACACUUCAGUGCACGAGCUUUCUCACAAAGCGCUCUAUGACAUAAAUGCGGAUGUUCUCGGAUCGCUAGCGUGCAGGUAUGCUGGGGCAGGAGGAGACUAUCCAUUGCCUCCGCGAGCGAUUGCUGCAUCCGCUGAAAUUCCAUCGACGAGAAUCUACGACAAUUUGGAGUUUCUUUCAGACGCUGAGCGGGCCAGGAAUGCUCCGACUCUGAAGAUACAGGUUCCCCGGAGUGAGCUGGACGUGAAAAGCUGCAUUCAGGCAUGGAUGGAGUCAGAUGUCUGA